AUGAAACGAAGAAUCACCUUUAUCCAGCGGGUUGAUGCCGACUUCGACCCGGAGCAAGCUGUGUUAAGCGCGUCAUCCCUCUCCGUCCGUAACCUGGAUGCCGCGCGGGAGGAUCGCAUUACGGUCGGACUGGAUGAGCUUCCAAAGGAGUUGCGUACUGUCCUCGAGCAAUCUCAUGAGCUCCACCUCCGCUGGGCCUCCGAACGGCCUUUUGAUGCUGUCGCGCCAUUCAGUAGCCGGGUUUCACCUGGACUGCAUGUGAAUUAUACACCGCUAAAGCCGGAGUCAUCUUCGGAGGCACUGUGCACGCUGCUCCGCACGGUAGUCGCGCCCAAAAGUGACGCUCAAUACAAGGGUUGUUUGGAACAAGAGGAUUCGUUCAUUACGCCCCCGCUUCUCUCCACACGAUUCGCUUCCUCGGCCUCUUUACAAUACUACACCCACCUUCCUUCCAUCCAGUCUCUGGUGGAAUUUAUUCAAAGCACUUUCUGUGCCCAGAGUCGUGCAGAUGGCGCCGAGUGCCACACUUGGGCCAAUGCUCUCCUCUCUGCAGACUCGGUCGAUAUCGACUAUGAUAGCAUUUCGCACGCAUCGACUGUAUCCGGGCUCUGGACCAGUCCACCAACGGGCGGUUGGACGGAAGACUUCCAAAAGCCAGCAUCCGAUGCCGACCAAGUCGAGUUCGAACCAACAAUGUUCUCAUUCCCCUCCCGCCACCAACCUCUUACUGAGCCAUCGAGUUACACCGUUUCCUUCGCUUCCCCUACUGGUCUACACCCAACAAUGUCCAUAUCCAUGCCACGAUCAUCCCUCAAACGACCCAUAGCACCCAUCGACGCAACCUGCGCUCUUCACACAUACCUCACCCUCCCCUCCGUCAUCUUCGGAGAUCAAUACCAGCUUGCAACAACAGAUCCACUCUUCCUCGAGUCACACAAUCUAGUAGCCCUGCGUGCCUUAGCAGGCGAAAUGGACCUUGAAGCCCCAGACUGGGUGGUUCAGCGCUGGGGCUCCACCUGGCUUCUUGAACUAGCAACUCCACCAGAAGCCGAAGACGCGGCUAGCACACCAGACCCCUCAAACUGGACCACCACUAUUCCUCUACAUCUGCGCUACCUCCCACCUUCCGAGACAGGAUACCGCACUGCCCAUGUCCCUUGGCCCGUCGUCUUCUGGGCCUGUACUACCGAAGAUGGGACGAAGAUGGGUGUGAACCCCUUCGACCGCACAAAUCUCGGCUGGGACGGCUUGUUCGGUCCGCGAACCAUGUUCUACCAGCUUCAGCCUGCGGGUAAUCGUUUGGUUGAGGAGAUCGACGUGCCGGUACUACGAAUCGAGGGUGGGGAUAGCUACUUCCAAGGUAAAUAUAUCGAGUUUGGUACCUGUGUGGCUAUCUCACUUGGAUUCAUGUGGGUGCUUUGGCAGCUUGUUCGUGUUGCUUGGUCAUCUGGCGUUGGAAAUAAACGUGCUGAUGCUGCCCAUGAUAAGAGAGAAUGA